CUACAGCCGGAGCCAGUAGGCUUGAAGGGGCGGGUCUAAUGACAUGUAUCAGGAAGGAGCGAGAGAAACAAAGCAGGAACGUUGAGGUCUAUGAAUAAAUGUAAUCUAGUCUAGUGCAUUGAUAAGAUGUGUGUAUCUCAGUGUGUACCUUACCAAAGAAAACGUUAAUCAGAAGAAGUAACCGAAUAGAUAGCCCUCGCUGACUGGAGAUGUGCUGCUAGUUUUUGUAAAGGCAUCGGCUCUCCGGGAUACAAAAGACGUUUUAACGAUGAAACCCGAUCAAGAUGAAGACGUUUCAAAACAGAAAUGUUUUCCGAUAACAAAGCCGCUCGCAGACCAGCCAUCUGAUGAAGAGAAAGAGGACUCUGUACACGUGAAAGAAGAGACCCGUGAUCUUGAAUCGGCCACUAUAAAAGAGGAAGCCUUCGAUCUUCAGUUGGUCCAGAUUAAAGAGGAGAUCGUCGAUCCAGAAUUGGAAUCUGUCCACUUCAAAGUGGAGGUCCCUGGAUUACAGUUUGAUCAAAUGGCACAGGAUGUCAGUGAGCUUGGAGCGGUCUGUGUUCUAGAUGAUCCUGAACUUGAGUCUGUCAAGACAAAAGUGGAAGACUGUGAUGUAGAAACAGUGGAAAUGAAUCACUUGGCCAGCAUAGACAACAAGAUACCAUGUGAUGAGGACCAAGACAAUGAAUCCUAUCCCUGUCCUCACUGUGAAAUCUAUUUUACUGGGGAGCACUACCUUGAGAAUCACAUCCAGGGCACACACCAAGCCAGCAUUUACUCAGAGGAGACUCUGUAUUGCUGUAUUGAAUGUGGGAAGAGUUUCAAUUCCUUGGAUACCCUUACAAAUCACCAGCGAAUUCACACAAAGAAAACGAUGCUUCAGUGUAACUACUGUGGGAAAAGUUUUAAAAAAUCAGGAGACCUUAAAAAACACCAGCGAACCCACACAGGAGAGACGCCGUAUCACUGCGCCGAGUGUGGGAAGAGUUUCAGUCAGCUGGCUCACCUCAAAGCCCAUCAGCGAAUUCACACAGGAGAGACUCCUUACCCUUGCACUGAAUGCGGGAAGUGUUUCCGGGAAUCGGGACAGCUCAAAACGCACCAGCGCAUUCACACAGGAGAGAAUCCCUAUCACUGUGCUGAGUGUGGCAAGAAUUUCCGCGAGUCGGGAACGUUGAAAAAACACCAGCGCAUUCACACGGGAGAGACACCGUAUCACUGCCCGGAAUGCGGAAGGGGAUUUCGGUUUUCGGGAGAUCUUAAAACUCACCAGCGCAUUCACACGGGAGAGAAACCGUAUCGCUGCACUGAGUGUGAGAAGUGUUUCCGUCAGUCUGGAGACCUGAAGAAACACCUGCGAACUCACACAGGAGAGAAGCUGUUUCACUGCACUGUGUGCGGGAAGGGCUUUGCACAGGUGGGAAACUUGAAGAAACAUCAGCGAACGCACAGAUGAGCCCCUUUGUGACUGGAAUUGAGGGAUAGAACACUGUGCUUUGUAUAAAAUACUUUUAUAAGAGGGAAUAACAGGAACAUUUAACAGAAGUCCACCUAGAAGUUUUUUUUUGUAUGGUCCUUUUAUCAAGUGGACCACAACUUCUUCUUGUAUAGUACUGUAAAUUUCUGAACAUCUUCGGCCCCACGUUUUGACUUUGCACUUGUCUUCAGUCAUGGGGGCUGUGCUAGCGUGAUGUUCUUAUUACACAAGCACAUGGGCUCAUACACCAAUAUAGUAAAGGAGCACACCUUUUCACUGAAUGCUGCUUGUCCUCAAACAUAAGCUUGUGUGCCUGCUUCUGCUAUUAUAUUGUAAACUGCAGGUAGAGUUGCUACAGUGAUGUGCUCCUCAUAGAUUUGUGUGGCACUGAUUCCACAAGACACUUAACGUUGUAUUGUAGCCCGUUUUCCGUCUAUUAGGCUGGCAGAGGAUGAAGAUCAAUUGGAAUGAGAUCCGUGGAUUUCCUUAAAUCCUAUCUGGUGGACAUUCUGCAUUGUUGGGUGGACUUGAUCAGCCACAAGGGUCAGGUACAUGUGGGACAGUAUUUGAAUAUCCACGCCCUAGUUUAACUAAUCUAAUCUCUGUUUUUGUGUUGUUUUUCGCAUGAGCACAGUUCCACAACCAUAUAGAAUAGACAUUUUUGGAAUUGCCAUUAAAAGAUAAUUGUGUUUUAUUUAGGAGCAUGUACGCAUGGGUGUGUGGAAUGUGUUGCAUAUGAUUCUCUCUUUAAAUCCCUUAAAACAGGUACAGUAUUGGUCCACCUAUACAAUGUCAAUUAGAUCAAUAUGGAUAUGUUUGAUUAUUUUGAGAAUCGACUGUCCGGUUGCAUUGAAACUGUAUGGACAUGUUCUUGAGCUUAUUGGAAUCACUGUGAUUUAUGAAUUAAAUGUCUGGUUUCUGAUGAACUAAUAGUCAAUUUAAAGCAACUUGUUUAUAUUAAUACCAGUUGUACUGAGUGAUGCUGUUUGCCUUAUCUGCAGUCCGUUACAUUUGAUUUAAAAAAAAAAAAAAACACCUUGCCAUGCUUCAGCCUGCUUGUACAUGAUGAUAAAAUUGUGCAAAUAAAACCGUUUUGAUGUUGCUGA